CCCGCUCCUCGCCUCCGUCAUCCAGACCUGGAUUUCAGUUACCACUUCCUCAAUUCUCCCUGCAUCGUAGCCGGUCGCAAGCCCUACCGAUCGACGAGAUCGAGCCGAGCGAUUGCCUAGCCCGUGCCCGUACUCAGUUCGAUCUUUGCGAGUAGAUUCAGCGCCGCUCAGUUCGGUUUUCGCGAGUAGAUUCAGCGCAGCUCAGUUCGAUUUUUUUACGAGUAGAUUCAGCAAAGUUUUUCUGAAUUUUCGUGGCAAUUUUUCCCUGAUCUGGCCGCUCCAAUCAGCCAUGGUGAAGGAGGCGCCCACCACACCGAGCGCCAAGGGCAAGGGCAAGGGCGCCGCGUCCGCCUCCGCGCCGACGCCGCCGUCCAAGUCCGCCCCCGGAUCGGCCAGGCGCAAGAGGGUGUAUAAGAAGAAGAAGGCCGAUCCGGAGAAGAAGAAGGCGGCCGCCGCCGCUGCAGUCGCGGCCUCCGCCGACGCACCUGCUUCGGGGCCCACGCCGGUGGUUCCCGCUCCGGCCGACGUCGGGGCUUCGGCCGCCCUUGUGGUCGCCGAGAACGGCGGCGCUGAUGGGAAGAUGGUCGCCAAGGCCAACGGUGAUGGCGAUAAGUCCGUCGCCAAGGCCAACGGUGAUGGCGAUAAGUCCGUCGCCGAGAACAAGGGUGAUGGCAGUAAGUCCGUCGCCGAGAACAAGGGUGAUGGCAGUAAGAUGGGCAGUGGGAACAGCAGUGCUGACAGGAAGAGGGGCAGGAAGGAUAAGAUGAGGGGGAGGGCGAAGGGGGAAGGACAGGGGAGGGUGAACCCGAAGGUGGAGGAGAAGGAGAAGAAGGACGAUGCAGUGGGGGAGGAGAGGGGCAGUGCUGGGUUUAUCUUCAUGUGCAGCGCAAAGACGAAGCCGGAGUGCUUCCAGAACAGUGUGUUUGGCUUGCCCAAGGGGAAGAUAGAUGUGGUGGAGAAGAUCCGACCAGGGGCGAAGCUGUUCCUGUAUGACUUUGACCUGAAGCUUCUCUAUGGGGUGUACAAGGCAACGGCAAGAGGAGGGAUGGAUCUUGUGCGACGUGCGUUCAAUGGGAAAUUCCCUGCUCAGGUCAAAUUCAGGAUUGAUAAAGAUUGUCUUCCGCUUACUGAGAGUAGUUUCAAGCAUGCCAUUAAGGAGAACUACAAUUCAAAGGGAAAAUUCACCCAAGAGCUCAAUUCUAGACAAGUCCGUAAGCUACUAGCACUAUACAAGCCAGUUAACAUACAUCGGCCAUCUUCCCAACAUGUUCAAGAAGUUCGUCGGACAAACCGUGUUGAGGGGCGCAUGCCUCACUAUGUUGAAGAAAGGCGACAGCCAUAUGAUUAUGAAGAAAGGCGGCUGCCACGACAUCAUGAAGAAAUGCAACACCCACAAUUUGUUGAAGGAAGGAGAUUAGCCUAUGAUUAUGAAGAAAGAAGGCCAUCACUCCAUGUUGAGGAAAUUCGACGCCCACAGUUUGUUGAAGAAGUUCAGCCACCUACAUACUAUCAUGUUGCUCCUGCUCCUCAUGGUUCUUACCAUCCACAUCAAGCUAAUGUCAUUUAUGAAAGGGCUCCAGGUGAUCCCGCUAGCAGGGUGGAUCCAUUCCUUCCAAGAGACUACAGGCUGCCGCCACAGGAGGUAGCCGCGCACCCCAGCUACGCUGACGAGAUCUACCGUGGUGCUGCUUACCCAGCCGCUCAGGACCCGUCCUACGCGGCCAGGCCCGCUGCUUACCCGGCAAACCUCCAGGGGCCUGCUGCUUCAAGGGUGCCGGUGUCCUCCCUCUACUCGUUCGCCGGAGCACCGGCGUACAGAUGAUCGCUACAGCGGCUGCUCUGAAAUCGGUCCUGACCAGCAUGAUUCGCUGGUUGGUGGUGUAGCUAGCGUCGUCUUCUGAUACAUACUGUAGUCGUUUGUUGGAUACCUGACUUGGAUGUCGUUUGCCACAAGUGUGGUACUGGAACGUGUCGUUUGCCACAAGUGUGGUGCUGGAACGUGUCGUUCGCUGUUAAACAAGUGACUUUCCUGACAA